AUGAAGGAAAUUUUAUUAAAAUCACGAAGCAAGCUUAUCAAAGAUUCUAUAGAAAUCAUUGGAGUCACUAAAAAUACAUUAAAUAAAGCGCUUGAAAAAAUAACUAAACUUGAAGAAUCAUUUAAUAGCCUAAUUACAGAAACAGAAAGAGAAGAAUUUUAUGAUUUAGCUUCUGAAAAUGAUAUUAAAAGUUUAUUUAAAUUAAACCCUUUUGAUGCAAAGAUAAAACUCAAAAAUUGGUGUCUUUCAACACUAAAUACUGUUAGUUGAAAUAAUAUAGCAGAAAAAGUAAAAGAGAUGAUUAACUUAUCAGCACCUUACCUUACUCAAGAAUUCUCAGGUCAAAAUAUAGACUCAACGUUCAAGAUACCAAAACCAAUUUCUGAGAAUCAGCCACCCCCAUCUCUUUUUCGCUCUCUAGAGCCUGCCAACAGUCAAAGCCUAUUUCAAUCAAAUAGCCAAGACCUAUUUAAACCCAACAGUCAAAGUUUUCAACCCAAUAGGCAAGGUUUAUUUCAAUUCCACAUCAAAGGUUUAUUUCAAGCUGAUAGAGAAGAGUCAUUUCAAUCUAGUCAAUCAACACUUCACAAUCCUGAUAGUGUUUCAUAUGAAAAUAUACAAAAGAGAGGCACAAAGCUUAUAAAAUAUUGCCCUUUGUCAAGUCGAGACGAUUCAGGCUCAAUUAUAUACAUUAGAAGCAUUAACGCAUCUUCAGAAUUUAAUCAUAAAUCAGUAGAAGAGUUACGAUUUGAAGAUUAUCAAUUCAAUAUCCCUUUGGAUUCUAUAUUAAAGAUAUAUAAAUCUAAUCUCAAUUAA